AUGAGAAACCGAACAGUAACAACCUUCAUCUUGCUGGGUCUGACAGAUGACCCUCGGCUACAAAUUCUGCUUUUUAUCUUUCUGCUCCUUUCUUAUGUGUUGAGCUUAUCUGGAAACCUAACCAUCAUCGCCCUCACUCUGACUGACCCCCACCUUAAAACGCCUAUGUAUGUUUUCCUCAAAAAUUUCUCCUUCUUAGAAAUUUCACUCACAACUGCUUGUAUCCCCAGAUUUCUAUAUAGCAUCUCAUCUGGAGACAAGUCCAUUACCUAUAUUGCUUGUGCCAGUCAACUGUUGUUUAUAGACCUCUUUGCAGUGACAGAGUUUUUUCUCCUGGCUAUCAUGUCCUAUGAUCGCUAUGUGGCCAUCUGUAAGCCUCUGCAUUACAUGACCAUAAUGAACAGCAGAGUGUGCAGUAACUUCAUCUUCUUCUGUUGGGUAGCAGCCCUGAGCAUCAUUCUCCCACCAAUCGGUCUAGGCUUGGGCCUGGAAUUCUGUGAUUCAAACCUCAUUGACCAUUUUUGUUGUGACGCAGCUCCUCUCCUGAAAAUCUCUUGUUCAGACACAUGGCUGAUAGAACAAAUGGUGAUAGUUGGUGCUGUGCUGACUUUCAUCAUCACCUUUGUGUGUGUGGUCCUUUCCUAUGUUUACAUCAUCAAGACCAUUCUGAGGUUUCCCUCUGCCAAGCAAAGGAAAAAGGCCUUCUCCACCUGCUCUUCCCACAUGAUUGUUGUUUCCAUCACUUAUGGUAGCUGCAUCUUCAUUUAUGUCAAACCUUCAUCCAAGGACGAUGUGGCUAUCAAUAAAGGGAUUUCACUUCUUAUCAUAUCAAUUUCACCAAUGUUAAAUCCCUUUAUUUACGCACUGAGAAACAAGCAGGUGAAGCAAGCUUUCAAUUACUCAGUUAAAAAAAUUGCAUUCCUCUCAAAGAUGUAA